GCCCAGCGCCUGAAAGGGAGAGGAAUCCACUUAAUAGAGGUCACGUGGUUCCGGGCUGCGUCAUCACAGUGGAGGUUUUGCAGACGAACUGUUAUUGAAGAUCUGCAGGAUCAGAACUAAACGAGAACGAAGCAGAACCAGGACUCGGAGAUGGACCGGGAUCAGAACCAGGACUCGGAGAUGGACCGGGAUCAGAACCAGGACUCGGAGAUGGACCGGGAUCAGAACCAGGACCAGGAGUCCAGCAUCAGGACCAAAGCGGGAUCUUCCUCUGCUGGUCUGCAGAAACAUAAAGGCAAAGAGAGACCCACAAGUUAUCGCUGUGAUCACUGCAAGAAAGUCCUCACCACUUCAUCUGGUCUGAGAAAACAUAAGAUGAUUCACACUGGAGAUAAACCGUUCAGAUGUGAUCAGUGUGGGGCAGCUUUUAUCCAACAAAGUAAACUAAAGAUUCACCAACGUACUCACACUGGAGAUAAACCGUUCACUUGUGAUCAGUGUGGAGCAGCUUUUACCAGACGAGAUAGUCAAAGGACUCACCAACGUAUUCACACUGGAGAUAAACCAUUUAGGUGUGAUCAGUGUGGAGCAGCUUUUACCACAUCAAGUUAUCUAAAGAUUCACCAACGUAUUCACACUGGAGAUAAACCGUUCACUUGUGAUCAGUGUGGAGCAGCUUUUACCACAUCAAGUUAUCUAAAGAUUCACCAACGUAUUCACAUUGGAGAUAAACCGUUCAGAUGUGAUCAGUGUGCAGCAGCUUUUACCAGAAAAUAUCAUCUGAGGACUCACCAACGCAUUCACACUGGAGAUAAACCGUUCAGAUGUGAUCAGUGUGGGGCAGCUUUUACCACAUCAAGUUAUCUAAAUAUUCACCAACGUAUUCACACUGGAGAUAAACCGUUCAGAUGUGAUCAGUGUGGAGCAGCUUUUACCACAUCAAGUUGUCUAAAUAUUCACCAACGUAUUCACACUGGAGAUAAACCGUUCAGAUGUGAUCAGUGUGGAGCAGCUUUUACCAGAGGAAAUAAUCUAAUGACUCACCAACGUGUUCACACUGGAGAUAAACCGUUCAGAUGUGAUCAGUGUGGAGCAGCUUUUACCAGAUCAAGUCAUCUAAUUACUCACCAACGUAUUCACACUGGAGAAAAACCGUUCAGAUGUGAUCAGUGUGGGGCAGCUUUUACCACAUCAAGUUGUCUAAUUACUCACCAACGUAUUCACACUGGAGAUAAACAGUUCAGAUGUGAUCAGUGUGCAGCAGCUUUUACCACAUCAAGUCAGCUAAUUACUCACCAACGUAUUCACACUGGAGAUAAACCGUUCAGAUGUGAUCAGUGUGGAGCAGCUUUUACCCAACAAAGUUCUCUAAUUAGGCACAAACGUAUUCACACUGGACAUAAACCGUUCAGAUGUGAUCAGUGUGGAGCAGCUUUUACUGAGUCAGGAAAGCUAAAGAUCCACCAACGUAUUCACACUGGAGAUAAACCGUUCAGAUGUGAACAGUGUGAGGCAGCUUUUACCGCAUCAGGUGGUCUAAAGAUUCACCAACGUAUUCACACUGGAGAUAAACUGUUCAGAUGUGAUCAGUGUGGAGCAGCUUUUACCACAUCAAGUCACCUAAAAAGACACCAACGUACUCACACGAGUGAUAAACUCUAAAGAUGUGAUCAGUAUGAAGUGUGGAAUUGCAAAAAACACCUCAGCACACUAAAAGAAAAAGAAAAAUAAUCAGACAACAUCAUACCGAAACUUGAAAGACUAACAUAUGAUGCCCCCUGGACACCUCCUGGGAAGGUGUUCCUGGCAUGUCCCACCAGGAGAAGAUCCAGGACACACCGGAGGGAAUGUCUUUUGGCUGACCUGGGAACGUCUCUGGAUCCCUCCAGAAGAGCUGGAGGAAAUGUGUGAGGUGAGGGAAGUCUGGACAUCUCUGCUCAGACUGCUGCGCCCGAUAACCAGUCCCACAUCAAGUGAAUGUAAAUGGAUGGAUGGAUGGACAAAAUCCAUAUAUCUGCAAAAAGCACAAGUUUAUUGUAACACCAUACUGAGAUACAAAAUGUAAUCUAACUAUUGCAUUAACUAUUCCACAAAUACUGCAUUAGCGCAUCUCUAACAUCUCUGCCUUCCUCCUCUCCACCCCGAGCCACUGCCAUCACUGGCUGAAGUGGUGCUGCUGCAGGUACAUCCUAUGAUGUGUCAUAAGUAUUUCCAUGACUUUCACACAGAUUAGGCAGUGGACAGGAAGUCAUCACCAUUCAUUUCACCAGUCGGACAUCACAGAAGGCAACCUGCUGGAUUCAUCUUCCACAACCACUCAUGCUCCGUAGACUUUUUGCUUAAACGCAGACUGUUCUGCUGUCAGUCGUCCAGUGUCAUGGAAUGGUUUCAAGAGCCAGUCCUGCAAAGGAUAAGUAGAGUCUCCAAGAAUGAAAUACCCAGCAGGCACUGUAUAUUCCUGAUAUGAGCUAGGAAGAUGUUUCUCCGACUGGCUAACUCCUGUUUAUGUAUUAUAUAUGUAAUCAACCAUUUGUCCUUGAGAUCUGAACUUUCAGGAUUGAUUCCUCGAAUGCUUUGCUAAAUUUGCCCCUUUUAACAUUUCUUGAUAUUUUGAUGUUAAAUCCACUGUUUUUGGCAAUUUCUGUACAUUUAAUACAUUUCAGUACCAUUUUACCUGAAGUCUCCAUUAACACCAAACUUGGAACAAUUAAUUUUUUGGAUUGUACUUGUCAAGCCUAACAGGUUUCAGGACGAUUUGUCAAAAAACUUAAUCGUACAGGAAUAUAUCAUGUUUCAUAUCACAUUUAUUAAAAAGAUCAUGUAUGGAUAUUUAGUAAAAUCCAUGAAUAGCAAGAAAAAAAACGUCAGAUGUUCAAAAAGUUAUUUGAACGUUGAAAGUUGUGGUCCUUCACGCACACAUCAAGGCUGGCGUACACACAUUCCUGAGGUUUUUGGCGACACUCACUGGUGAUGAAGUGAAGUCCAGAAUAUGAGUAAACGUGGUCGUGAAAUAAGUUCACGACCACGUGAAGGACACGACAGUCCCCACAUCACCAGGUAAGUUACACACAAGUGGAACUGAAACAAUCUCACAAUAAACCACGUGAACAUAUAAAGGUAGGAGCACAAAGAUGUAACCUGUCAAUCACAAUGUCAGCCUUGGUUCUGUUAGAGGAACCUGCUGAUGCAGGAUCAGUAGCGAGUCUUCAGGGACCACGUAGACCUGCUGGUCCAGGACUAAGACUGGACCAUCAGCUGGUUCAGGUACCAAGAGGAUCCUUCUGGAUCUCUGCCCUGAAUUGAACCAGCUGCUCCGGUUCAGACCAACAUGAUGCUUUCAGCUGGAGCUGCUGACAGGUCGGACAUCUGUCGCCAUGACGACCGUAUGGGAAGACUACUCGAGAUAAAAGCCAGAUCCUAAAAUAUCAAUAACUACGUCUGAGCAGACAAACAUUACAGACAUUAAAGAACCGGUUCUGUAAAGUUGUCUUUUAAAAUAAAACUAACAUGUCACUGAAAGGUUGGUUGGUACGAACUGAUGUGAAUCAGCAAUAUAUGAAUAAAGUUUUUAUUGAAUGUUUGGGCUACUUUCAGAGUCUUAUAUCGAGUCGGCUGCAGGACUAUAGCCAGUGUUAGACCGGUCUCUCCUCCUGCGGCUGCAACAAUCCGAGUGAUUGAAUCCGAUCGUGAUGCUUCAUGUUUUAAAUAUGAGUUCAUGUUGUUCACACUGUUGUACUUAUGAAAGAGGUGAUCACGAACAUCCACAAUGCGAACUAUGACACUCAAUACACGUGAACAUUGGUCUUAAUCGGUCAGUAUAUCAUACACAUAACAAUAAAACGGAACAAGGAGCUGUUUUUCGUCCCACCAACUUAAAGCAGCACAACGUAACUUUAAGCUUUUGUUGAGUUUGGCGGCUCCUUUGGACAAAAGCGGUACUGCUUUACCAGUAGUGUGGAAGGGUUCCUACCAUCCACCUCGAAGUUACAUAGUGCCAGUGAAGGCGAUACAGACCCCUCAGACCAUAUAUUAAGGUGGAAAAGUGCUGCUUUAAGUUCUGGUGUCGGUUCUUAAUUUACAAACAAGAAAAAAAAAGAGUUUAAUGAUGCACUCACGCUAAAUAUAAACAUUCACAAAACUUUACGAACAUAAUAAACUCACAACUCUUCACGGAACUGCA